GGAACGAUUUCGCGAAGGAUCGACGCCACGUAGCAUGUCGGCAAUUCGUAUCAACGUGGAGGAGGCUUCCAACAACGGCCGCGAGGAUUUCGUUAGAAACAUCGAGACGACGGCGGUGGCGACAACAACGGCAGUAGCUGCUGCCAGUCCGCUUUCCUGGCACAUCCCAAGGCCGUCCUUGGUCGGGCGCAGCGAGAGGGACAGUGAAAAUGGAAGCUGGGCUCAUCAUUUGCAUCCAAACUCCCCCUCGAGAGGGUCGACGUCGUCUCAAGGCUCCACCGCCAGUACACACAGCGCCGCGUCUGGAACGUUGCUACUCACAGCCGCGAAUCUGGCAAAUCUCGCUGCCAUACAUCCGCCCACGGUGACGGCAUCAAAGCAGAUUGAUACCGCCUCGGUGGCCAGCAGCACCCAUUUUACGGUCGUGAACGGUCUCGGCAGACCGACCACCGUCUACAGGAAGUCUUGGUGUGCGCGGAACCAGCUCACCGUGCUCGUGUGCACUAUGAGCUUUCUGUUCAUGGUCGGUCUGCUUGCCGGGAUCCUUUACAUGGAAAUGAGGGUUCGCGACAAGUACAACUAGGCCGAGGGUGACGGGAGGAAGAAACGGAGGAGACACGUGACCGUGAAUGAUGAUCAUCUUGAUAGAAAAAGGCAGCGAAGAAACGAAUCUGGCGAAAAGCGCGAUGGAAAGAUUAAAGUCGAACGAGAAUAUCGUUUUUGUGGAAACGAGAGAGAAGGAGGACGCGCGCUUGAUUCAGUCACGAUAUUAAUUAAUUUGAAUUUACUCGUAUUUAUAUUUGUCUUAUUAGACCGCUCAGAUCGCUCUCAGUUAGCAGACGUUCUCGGCUACGGUUAGGUUUUUAAGUAUAUAUACAUAUAUACUGUAUUGCACCGUGACAAGUGUGGUACGUGAAAACCAGUAAUUACAUUUGUGUAAUGAACAACGUAUAUAUUAUUAAGGGAUUAACGAGAUCCUCGCGAUGGGAUAGCCUUGCUAUAUUUAUACUCAGACUAACGAUUUCUUCGAGUCGUAUCGCGAGACACGAUUCGACGAAUAUUGUAAUAUUUUAUAUUAAUUGACCCCUUACCACUAAUGCGUGUGUUAUAUAGAGCACAAGCAACUUUCUCUCAAAUUUCUUCACCGUUUUGUACACGAUUAUGACACCUUUCUGCACGUUAUAUAUUUUUCCGCAUAAGAAGAUACAUGUGGUAAGGGGUUCUCGACGACAAUGAUACAUGUGAUGCGGUUCGCGAUUACUCUAAAUAAAAUGUACUUUAAGCUCCUCUUCUUUGGUUCUCAAUCGAUUUACCGUUCAUUGUAAAUCUUGAUAUUAUCGAGAGCUGAUGAAGAGAAAAGUAAUAUGAAAGGCAUCGUCAUAGUAUCACUAAUCCUGAUCGUCCAAUAGAAUUUCAAAUCUGAUCGUAUUUUAACGAAAACCAAGAGACAGUUUGGAAGCAAUCGACGAAAUGGGACCAAAAUAGCGAGUAUCUGUUUAGGGGCCCGCAUAACUUAAUUCUCACUAACACAAAUCGCCUUAAAUAAACCUGGAUUUCCGCUGACAUGUUAUUACAGAGAUAAACAUAAACGAAAAAGCAAUGAGGGGAGCAGUCGAUCCCUUUUCGCGUCUGUGAUAUUAUAUGCGUAUUAAUUAAUCGUCGAUUCAACAAGAAACUGUCAAAUAUAUCAAACGUCGUUUCAUUUCAACCUAUCUUUUGCAGCAUAUUCAAUAAUAUUCACAUAAUAACCCAAAAAUAGUAUAUGAUAUCACAUGGUAAGUAUCUAACCUAAUCUAACAUAAUGUUUC